CUGUGAUUUGAUUUAAUUGUCUGGUGAUUCAACAAUUGUUCGGUUCAAUUUUUGGGUCGGGUUUAAAAACAUUACCGAAAACCAAAAAAAAAAAUCUUUCCAUUGGACGGUGGUCUCCCUUCUUCAAUCUCUCCACGAUUCUACCUUUGCGUUAUCCCAAAAUUAGCAACCUUUUCUUCUCUCUCUCUCUCUCUCUCUUCAACACAAUGACUCCGAUCGCCAUCACCCAGCUAGCCACAGGUCUUAGCGUCUUAGCCGGCGCCGUUUUAGUCAAAUCGGUUCUUGACCAAAAGCCUAUGGCCGGUGGCCCGUUCCCUCGUUGCCCGACCUGCAACGGCACGGGACGUGUCACGUGCUUCUGCUCUCGAUGGUCUGAUGGAGAUAUUGGUUGUCGUAGGUGUUCCGGUUCUGGUCGUGCGGCUUGUAGCAAUUGCGGUGGAACCGGAACCGGUACACCUUUACCGGUUCAGAUCACGGUUCGGCCACCGAGUCGCCCUUUCUAAUUCCAAAAAUUUGU